AUGAUGCAAAAGUUGAUUGACGCAGGAGAUCUUAAACAAUAUGUACAGAGGACUAGCACCGAAGAAAGGGCUAAACGGAGCAAGCAGGUUCAGCUACCUGAAGGAAACCGCACCCUUAACACCAUCUCAUGUUCUGAGACCACGGGGCCAUCUCUAACUGCCCAGAUAGGUAAAAGAUUGAGAAAGCAGUUUGAAGACUAUUGUGAGCUGUACAAAAUCGACGGGGAAGAAGUGGAUGAACACGAACAAUGGAUGGACGCACCAAUGGUCUUCGACACGGACGACGUCGAAGAAGAUAUGGAGGACCAUAACGACCCUCUAGUUCUCACGCUGCCAGUAGCCGGGUGCAACAUCAAGAAGAUCCUCAUCGAUGGAGGAAUCUCAGUCAACGUUUUAUUCUAUGAUAAAUUCAAACGAAUGGAACUCAACGAUGAACAACUGUUAUCUUCGUACUACACUAUCUACGGUUUUAACGGAGCAGCCACGAAGCCUUUAGGAGACAUUGUCCUGCAAGUAGACGCAGGGCCAAUGAAGGUCGACACCCGGUUCAGUGUGGUGGAUUCAUCAUCACCUUAUAAUGCCAUAAUUGGCCGAGGAUGGGUACACAAACUCAAGGGAGUAGCGGCUACUUACCACCAAUACCUUAGGUUUCCAACUCCCCAAGGGGUAAUGGAAAUAAAAGGAGACCAGGUCAUUGCGCGAGAAUGUCAAACUUUGCAGAAUCAGCUUAAUAACGAACAGGAUGAGCAGCGAAAGUCCCGAAGAUCUCAAAACAAAGAAGCUGCAAAAGAGAAAGCGAUCGACACCUAUCUGGAAGAAAUCUCUGGCAGAAGCCUUUCAAAGGAGAAUACGGUUGGAAACGCAUAG